GAGCAGACGACGGUCUGGCGCAGACUCCGCUAUCUGCAACAUGGCGGUUUAUCACGGCAACGUUAUCCAACAUCUUCCCGUGUCGCGUUUCUCUCUGUUCACCAGACCAUCAACUGGUAUUUACGACGAUGCUGUCGGGAUUCGGGAAAGCUAAAGGUGACGAUUAAUUCUCCAAGUCGGAAGAGUGAUCUUGGUGAACAUGACCGGCGACACAUGUGCCAUUGUCACGUGCUUCCUGUUCCUCGCGAGUAUCACGCUCGCCAAUGGUAAGCUGCCGUUUUCCAUUCUUCUUUCAUUCAAGUAUAUAUUUUAGGAAAAUUCUAUUCACUUUCUUUGAUCAUUUUUCUCGAAUGAACAUCACACAACUGGUAAAUAUAUUGUUGGUAAUCGAAAUUAAUUAAGUAAUAUGAUUCGUUUUCUUUCUUCUCAGUAUACAGUAAUAUUCUGAAUGAAAUAUCCUUAUGAUGUUGCUUCAGUUCUUAGGAAAUUUGAAGGAAUUAUAUUUCAUUGAUGUGUAGUAGUGGUAAAAGUACCUGUUGAAAGUUUAUCCUAGGUCCUUUAAUGAUUCUUGUGUAUGUCUACUUGAUUUUUAAUCUAGAAUUCUGAUGUUUUUACCGGCUUCUUUGGAAAAUUUUAAAUCAAGUCUUGAUCGAGGUACUUUAUCAAUAAUAUCGAAUUCGAUCACCAGCAAUGUCAGAAUUGAAAAAUACAAAGGAAUUCGUAUUUUUAAAUUUCAUUGAGAAAAUUUCAAUGCAAUUAUCAGGGCAGCUAUUAUCAACGGAACAUCGGACUCAUGCAGCUGCGGAACGAGUGAACGAUCUAUGGUGUUAUCAGUGCGACACGAUGGAAGAUGGGGAGAGAUGUUCCAAUCUGACCGGAAAUUACACCGCUUUCGAGCACAAGUGCACUGGUGACAAAAGGACCUGCAUGGUGAAACGAUUUUCAUACACCACCAGUACUGAAGAUUCUACUUCAAGUCCUCAAACUUGGUCGAUGGAAAGGAACUGUACCAGCAAAUGCGAACCUGGUUGCAUAGUGAUCGGCGAACGGACAAAACUGUCCGCUUGCACUACUUGUUGCGAACAAUCGUUCUGUAACGUCGGUACUGGCGCGAGCAAUGAUUUAACAAUGAAAGGUAUAGAUCUAUUUCUAGCUCUUAUAUUGCAGAUCACUUUAACAAUCAUCAUGUAUCCCUCGUGAUAUUGUAAAUAAACUAUCUACCUUGUAAAUAAUUCAGUUUCUCGUUCGAUUUCGAAAUUUCAUUCAUCGAAUUCCAACGCUUUUCCAUUCAUAUGUAAUUUAUCCUUUGUACUUGCAUCUCGUUGUAACGUAUAAAUUGUAACAUAUCUAUAAGUAAGAGAACGUUUCGUGUAUUAUCUAUGGAGACGUUAAUUUAAUUUUGUAAAAAUGUGAUAUUUGUUUUUUGAAAAUAAAAAUAUUA